UCAGUGAGGCUGGUAGAGUCUCGCGGAGAGCGGAGCGAGGAGGCUGGCUCUGGGUGCUGCAGCAUCCCGGCUCACUAUCAUGGAUUUGCUGUGGAGAAAUUACCGCGGACCGCUGGGGGAACUGGUGCUGCUGAUGCUCUGCUUAAUCCGGGGGUCGUCCAGCAAAGAGGGCUGUGACGGUCCGCUGGUUUCCAGUUUGCCCCAGUCUGCCUUCAGAAGCUCCUCCCAGCUGUCCAACAGCCACGGCCCCGGAUACGCCAAACUCAACCGCAGAGACGGGGCUGGAGGCUGGUCUCCACUGGACUCCAAUAAGUACCAGUGGCUGGAGAUCGAUCUGGAGCAGCGGACCGAGAUCACGGCCGUGGCGACGCAGGGGAGGUACGGCAGCUCCGACUGGGUGACCAGCUACCUCCUGAUGUUCAGCGACACCGGACACAACUGGAGGCAGUACCGGCAGGAGGACAGCAUCGGGGCUUUCUCUGGGAACACCAACGCAGACAGCGUGGUGACGUAUAAGCUCCAGCAGCCGGUGUUCGCCCAGUUCCUGCGGGUGCUGCCUCUCGACUGGAACCCCAACGGACGAGUCGGCCUGAGGCUGGAGGCCUACGGCUGCCAGUACAAAUCUGACGUGGCCAGUUUUGAUGGAACCAGCUACUUGCUCUUCAGUUUCGAUCCGCCCCCCGGCCCGUCCGCCAAAGAUCUGCUCACCGCCAACUUCAAAAGCGUGCACCACUCCGGAAUACUGAUUCACAUGGAGGACCAGCACGGGCACGCCCUCACUCUGGAGUUACUGAAGGGAAAACUCUUCUUACAUCUGAGAAAAGGGAAAGGUACGGCGGGAGAUUUCCACACCACCGCAUCGCUGGGCAGUCUGCUGGACGACCAGCACUGGCACCACAUUAGCAUCGAGCGACUCCGCGGACACGUCAACUUCACCGUGGAUAAAAAUACACAGCGGCUGCAGCUCCCCGAACACCAGAGUCACUUCCAGAUUAACCAGAUCAGUUUCGGCGGCGUGUCGGCUGUGGGGGCUCAGAGAGACCACUCCAAGAGGAACUUCCACGGCUGCCUGGAGAACCUGCUGUACAACGGCGUUAACGUGGUGGAGCUGGCCAAGGAGAAGAAGGUCUCGGCAGUGGGAAACGUCUCGUUCACGUGUGCCGAGGCUGUAGAGGUGCCGCUGACGUUCGCCAGUCCGGACAGUUUCCUGCAGCUGCCGUGGGCCGUGUCCCGGGACAGCGUGUCGCUCAGCCUGCAGUUCCGGACGUGGAACAGGGGGGGUCUGCUGAUGACCUCGGAGCUCCAGCACCAGGCGGGAACGCUGUGGAUUUACCUCAGCGAUGCCAGGAUACGGCUGCAGAUCCACAAGGCCGGGAGGAUCGUGGUGGACAUCACAGCAGGUUCGGCGCUGAAUGACGGUCAGUGGCACUCUGUGGAGCUGAGCGUCCGGCGAGGUCGUCUGAUCCUGGCAGCAGAUAAAGCCGAUACCUCCACAACCACCACGUCGUUUCCUGUGAUGCCAGCCAAUCACAUCUUUUUAGGAGGAUGUCCCGGCACGGAGGGCGACAGUGGGUGCAGGAACCUCUUCUCGGUGUUUCAGGGCUGCAUGAGGCUGGUCCAUUUGGACGGGAGCUUAGUGGAUCUGAUCAAGGUGCAGCAGAUGCUGAUCGGGAACUUCAGCGGCCUGCAGAUGGACCUGUGUGGAAUCGUGGACAGGUGUUCUCCCAGUCACUGUGAACAUGGAGGGAAAUGCACCCAGUCGUGGAGCACCUUCCACUGCAACUGCUCCAACACCGGCUACGGAGGAGCCACCUGCCACAGCUCCGUCUACGAGGCGUCGUGCGAAGCGUACAAGCACAGAGGGAACACCUCGGGCCUCUACUACAUCGACGUGGAUGGAAGCGGCCCCAUCAAACCCCAGCUAAUCUACUGCAACAUGUCAGAUAAAGCGUGGAUGGUGAUCCAACACAAUAACACGGAGCUCACCAAAUUAAGAGCGUCCUCGGGGACGAAUCAGCAUUUAGCCUACUUUAACUAUUCCGCCGACACCAAGCAGCUCGGGGCUAUAAUUAGCCGGGCUGAGCACUGCGAGCAGGAGCUCUCCUACCACUGCAAAAAGUCACGCCUCCUGAACACACCAGAUGGGGCUCCGUUCACGUGGUGGGUGGGCAGGUCGGGGGAAGCCCACACCUACUGGGGCGGGGCAGUGCCGGACAGUCAGCAGUGUGCCUGUGGUCUGCAGGAGGACUGCGUGGAUCCAGAACAUUUCUGCAACUGCGAUGGAGAUCUCGACGACUGGGCGAAUGACUCAGGCUUCAUCUCUCUUAAAGAACAUUUACCCAUCAGACUGCUGGCUGUGGGAGACAUCAGCCGGCCGGGCUCUGAGGCGGCGUACAGAGUGGGUCCCCUGCAGUGCUACGGUGACAAUGACUUCUGGAACGCGGCGUACUUCAAUAAAGAGACGUCCUACCUGCACUUCCCCACCUUCCACGGCGAGCUCAGCGCCGACAUCUCCUUCCUGUUUAAGACCCGCUCCUCCUCCGGCGUCUUCCUGGAGAACCUGGGGAUUAAAGACUUCAUUCGGAUCGAGCUGAGCUCUCCGACGGAAGUGAUCUUCUCGUUUGACGUGGGGAACGGACCCUUCGAGGUGCGGGUGGAGACGCCCGAGCCUCUGAACGACGAGCGCUGGCACCGGGUGAAGGCCGAGCGUAACGUUAAAGAGGCUUCGCUCCAUGUGGAUAACUACCCCGGGGCGGUGCAGAAAGCCCCCGCUGACGGACACAUCCACCUGCAGCUCAACAGCCAGCUGUUCGUAGGAGGAACCGCCUCGAGGCAGAAGGGCUUCCUGGGGUGCAUCCGCUCUCUGAAGCUGAACGGGAAGACUCUGGAUCUUGAGGAACGGGCCAAGAUCACCCCCGAGGUCCGGCCCGGCUGCCCGGGACACUGCAGCAGCUACGGGGGGCUGUGCCAGAACCAGGGCCGCUGCGUGGAGAAGUAUAACGGCUUCGCCUGCGACUGCGGCGCCUCGCCGUACUCCGGCACCUUCUGCCACAAAGAGGUCUCCGCCUACUUCAGACCCGGCACCUCCGUGGCCUACACCUUCAAGGAGCCGUACGAACUGAACAGGAACUCCAGCUCCCAGUCGUCCUCCAUCUACUCCGACCUGACGCUGAAGGGGGAGAACGUCUCGCUGAGCUUCAGGACCGGCCAGGCUCCCGCACUGCUGCUCUACGUCAGCUCCUACUACAGAGAGUACCUCGCCGUCCUGCUGAACAGGAACGGGCAUCUGGACGUCAAGUACAAACUGCAGAGUAACCGAGACGCCGAGGUGUUCCAAUCGAACGCCAGGAACCUGGCCAACGGGCAGCUGCACCAAGUGUCCAUCAGGAGAGUCUCAGAGAGCCUCAGCGUUCAGAUUGACCAACAAGCGAGGGAAGACUUCAACCUGACGUCAGACGUGGAUUUCAAUGCCAUCAAAGCCGUGGUUAUUGGGAAAGUACACGAAUCGGGCGAGAUGGAUCCGGAGAUCGCCCGGCUGAACGCUCUGGGCUUCACUGGUUGCCUGUCAGUCGUCCAGUUUAACUCCAUAGCUCCUCUGAAGGCAGCGCUGCUAUAUCCAGACACCAGUCCUGUCAUUGUCACCGGGCCGCUGACGGAAUCCAACUGCGGAUCCUCCUCAUCAUCCAGCCCCUACGCAGCCGAGACCACCCACCUGCUCUCCGAUCACUUCGGUACUGUAGGAACAGGCCAGCCGGUAGUCAAUGCAAUCAGCAGUGACUCGGCUCUGAUUGGAGGCGUGAUCGCCGUGGUGAUCUUCGUGAUCCUGGCCGCUCUGGCGGUGAUGGCGAGGUUCCUGUACCGACGGAAAGAGACGUGUCAGACGCCGGAGUCUAAAGGAGCCAAACCGGACGACAGUCCCGAGACGCCCUUCAACACGGACCCGACGUCGCAGAGCAUCAUCACCGACACCCAGAAAGAGUAUUUCAUAUGAUAAACCCGAGACCCGGACUAGCCCCGCCCAGCAGAGGACAGAAAUGCCUCGCCGAGCCCGGAGGCGUUAAUAUUCGCGGGGCGUCGCUAAAAAAUCCCCUCCACCCCUCGAGGAGUCGACUGUCGCUGAUGAUGAUGAUGAUGAUGAUGAUGAUGAUGAAGAUGAAGAGGUGACGAGGACGGACCGAGCUGUCCGAUGUUUUUUUGUACAUACGCUUAAAAGUCCAAAAAGUUUGACUUGAAUAGAAUCGUUUCUAAGGUGUGUAUAAUGAUCUCCAUCAACGUGUAAAUAUUCUUUUGAAAUGUACAUGUUCAAAUAAUAUCUUUGUAAUGUUUAUCUUCUUAUUUUGCCUUUUAAAAAAAAAAUACUCAGUAUUACAUUUAACGACAUCAUCGUCCAUCACAGACUUUAAACAUCUAGAAUUUACAGAGCGUCAUAUAACUGAAUAAACGUCUCAAGUGGUAAAUGAAUGGGAAUGUAUGUUGAAAUAUUGGCGUUUGUGUCGUACAGCCGAUCUCUUUAUCUGGGGGACGUUUUUUUCUGGUGGUUCCAACUCAAAUCCAGUCUUUGUGUUUCAAUAAAUGGCCUCUUUUUUCCACCAAAGGGUCACAUUGUUA